AUGACCACUGCCUACGGAUUCAGAAGUCUGGGGCUUCGCAAAGUUAUCAACAUCUCCGCCGGAUUGGGGGAAUUCGCCGUGCAUAACGCGACUGAGUUUAUGCAUCAGAUGGAUGCCAUUUCUGGUAAAAUUGAUUUUACCUGUGGCACGCAGAAAUUCGCCCAACGCAUUACAGAGCCGCCGAAUGCCGUCGUUUACGCUUACAAUUUUGUGCAGAAAACACCGAAUAACGGUUUUCCGGACUGGGCAGGUGCUAUGCACGGCUAUGAAAUCAAGUAUGUUUUCGGGAUGCCCUUUUCGCAGACAUUUAAGAGUAAUUGUUACGGUUACACCGAGGAAGAAGCGCGACAAAGCGAAGCCGUAAUGAAAUAUUGGGCAAAUUAUGCUCGAUCUGGAAAUGAAUGUAGAAGCAGGGCGAGUCCUGACUGGCCAAAAUGUGAAGUAGAAUCAGGUAACUACAUGGAAGUCGGGUUGGAUCAGACGGUCCAGGCUGAUAAUCGCAAGGAAGAAUGCAAUUUCUGGAACAUCGUUUUCCUGUCUCUAAUCCAAGGCCAUCUGCGCGGUGAAGAUGUCCCAGAGGACAUUGGUCCGAACUUAGAGCCCUACCCCUAUGUUCGUCGGCCACUGUCUGAAUUUGUGUAG